GCGACUCCGCGGGCGGGCCAUCCUUACCCUUGUAUUGUCUGAGUUUUGCUUCCGGACCAAACUCGACCCACCCGACCGGCCAAGGUGGAUCAAAAAACCCGACCCAUGAACAGCCGGCAGUUUAUUUUGGCUGCCGAUGUCAACCACGCGAAACCACAAGAUUUAUAUGAAAGAAAGUUGAGACAGUGUCUACAUGAAGCAAAAGUACCCUCUGCUCCCAUGGCGCACAAUAGCAACAACGCCAGCAUCGACCCCCGAAGCGGCUUCUGCAAGUCCAACUCCGUCUUCUACAGCAAACGAAGGCCCAUACCUCUCCCGCAGAACCCAUCUCUGGACGUGACCACGUUCAUCUCCGCCCAAGCCCAUCACGGCAAGACCGCCUUCAUCGACGCCGCCACCGGCAGCCGUCUCACCUUCCCCCAGCUAUGGGCUGCUGUGGACUCCGUCGCCGCCGCCCUCUCCGACGACAUGGGCAUCCGCAAGGGCGACGUCGUCCUCCUUCUCUCCCCUAAUUCCAUCUUCUUUCCCGUCGUCUGCCUCGCCGUCAUGUCCCUCGGCGCCGUCAUCACCACCACCAACCCCCUCAACACUGCCCGCGAAAUCGCCAAGCAGAUUGCCGAUUCUAAGCCGGUCCUCGCCUUCACCAUCCCGGAACUCGUCCCCAAAAUCGCCGGGUCGGGUCUCUCCGUCGUCCUGAUCGGACCCCGCGACGGCGAACGCAGUACCGGUGGGAACAAGAUCGCGUCCACUUUGGACGAGUUGAUGGGGAAAAAACCGAGUGGGAGCCGAGUCAGGGACCAGGUCAACCAGGACGACACGGCGACGCUGCUCUACUCGUCCGGCACCACCGGCGCGAGCAAGGGCGUCGCAAGCUCCCACCGGAACCUCAUCUCGAUGGUACGGACAGUAAUGAACAGAUUCAAUUUCGACGAGAAAGGGGAGCAGACGUUCAUCUGCACCGUUCCGAUGUUUCACAUCUACGGCCUGGCAGCGUUCGCGACGGGGCUACUGGCAUCAGGAUCGACGAUCGUGGUGCUUUCGCGGUUCGAGAUGGGGGAGAUGCUGGCGGCGAUUCCGAGGUUUAAGGCGUCGUACUUGCCGCUGGUGCCGCCGAUACUGGUGGCGAUGGUGAACGGGUCGGGUCCUAUCAGAGAGGAGUACGAUUUGAGUUCGCUCCAGACGGUUUUGUCGGGUGGGGCUCCGCUGAGCAAGGAACUGACAGAGGGGUUCGUGGAAAGGUACCCGGGGGUGAAGAUUCUGCAGGGGUACGGGCUGACGGAGUCGACGGGGGUGGGGGCGUCGACAGAUUCGCUGGAGGAGAGCCGGCGAUACGGCACGGCGGGGAUGCUGUCGCCGAGCAUGGAGGCGAAGAUAGUUGACCCAGAGAGCGGAGAGGCGUUGCCGGUAAAUCGGACGGGCGAGCUUUGGCUCAGGGGCCCCACCAUUAUGAAAGGUUACUUCAGUAAUGUAGAAGCAACAACUUCGACUCUAGAUUCAAAUGGAUGGCUGAGAACUGGAGAUCUCUGUUACAUUGAUGAAGAUGGAUUCAUUUUCGUGGUUGAUAGGUUGAAGGAGCUCAUUAAAUACAAGGGAUAUCAGGUCCCUCCUGCAGAACUAGAAGCAUUGUUACUUACUCAUCCAGAAAUCACUGAUGCAGCUGUAAUACCGUAUCCUGAUCAGGAGGUGGGGCAGUAUCCCAUGGCAUAUGUGGUGAGAAAAGCUGGAAGCAAUCUGUCAGGUAGCGAAGUCAUGGACUUCACUGCAAAGCAGGUUGCUCCAUACAAGAGAAUCCGCCGAGUGGCAUUUAUAGCUUCUGUCCCCAAAAAUCCGUCUGGCAAAAUACUUAGGAAGGAUCUUAUACAGCUUGCUACCUCCAAACUCUGAGAACUGCAUUUUCUGCAAAAACCUAUCUGGAAAAGUUGAACCCUAAAUCCUAAGCCUUAAUAAUCACGUGUUUGAAUCAGUUUCGAAUUCCAACUCCUAAGCCAUAAAUUGUGGUUCUUGGUUAAAUCCUCCCCGAACCAUUUGCAUGUUGCGGUAUCACAUUUUUCCCCCCUGUUGGCUGGUGAUCUGUUUUGAUAGGAGGCAAGAUUAUGUUAAGGGUGAAUUUCUUUCAAGGGAGUAGCCUCGCCAGCAAGUGUAAUCCAUAUUUUUAGUUACUUAUAGUAAGUUUAAAUCAGGUACUCUCUCAAUGAAAUAAAAUAUUUUAGAGAUUUUCCAAUGCA